AUGGCGACGGAGAACACCGUGGCUCAGGCUGAAAAAAGCAGGGAGGCCUCUGAGGGUCAGCGCAGGAAGUGGCAGGAAGGAAAUGCCCUGAAGAGAAGGACAGGCCAAUCCACUACCUCUGGGGCAGAGGAAAAGGCACCCGGCAAAACUCUGCCACGGCCCAAACGAAAGACGUUUGCCGCGCUUCCCGAGAGAGCUUUCAAGCUCGGUGCGCCAAGCCGCUGCAGGCAUGAGCGGCUACACACGGCGGAGAUGCCCUUCCACUGCGCCGAGUGCGGGAAGAGCUUCGUACACCAGCGAAACCUCAACACCCACCAGAGGCUCCACACCGGAGAGAAGCUCUACGAGUGCCCCGACUGCGGGAAGAAAUUCCUCAGCAAGUCAAAGCUCAUCAGGCACCGGCGGCUGCAUACCGGGGAGAGGCCGUACCAGUGUUCGUACUGCUGGCGGAGCUUCAGCCAGAGCUACAACCGGCGGACGGAGCACGAGAGAACUCACACAGGGGAGAAGACGGCGCACAACCGGGCAGCCCACGCGACAAACCUGGGUGGCAGCUCCUGUGUCGCUGCUCACGAAGGAGCCCGUAAAAGCGAGAGACCCUAUAAGGGUUCCUAUCGGGGGAACGGCCCCCCUUCAGGCUCUGAGGAAACGUAG